AUGAAACCAGAACCCAUUGCCGUCGUGGGCUUCAGCUUCCGUUUGCCAGGAGGUGCGGACAAUGUGGACAAAUUGUGGGAAAUUCUGGUCAACGGCGAGCAAGUCUGGACAGACGUCCCCGAGAGUCGGUAUAACUGGAGAGCAUUCUAUCACCCUAGUCCAGAGGCAAGAGGGACACACAAUGCUCGGGGUGGGUUCUUCCUCAAACAGGAUAUCUCGAAUUUCGAUGCGAAGUUCUUCGCCAUAUCGGACGCGGAAGCAGCUGCAAUGGAUCCACAACAGCGACUGCUGUUAGAGGUGUCGUAUGAGGCUUUAGAGAAUGCCGGGAUGCCCGUCGAGGAUGUGCGAGGAUCUCAGACUGGCGUUUAUAUUGCGCUGGUUAGUAGGGACUAUGACAGACAGAUAUACAAAGACCCAAGCCAAAUCCCGAAGCACCACUUGACCGGGUGUGGAGAUGCAACAGCCUGUGGCAGGGUCUCGUAUGUCUUUGAUUUCAGAGGUCCCUCUAUGACGAUCGACACGGGCUGUUCUGGCGGCAUGGUUGGGGUUCAUCUUGCUUGUCAGGCGCUUCGUCUGGGCGAGGCAAAUAUGGCAUUGGUUGGUGGAGCAAACAUUUUGCUCAGCCCCGACAUGACAAUAGCAAUGAGCAAUCUCCAUAUGGUGAAUGAGAAUGGCCGCUGCUAUCCCUUUGAUAGCCGCGGAGCCGGUUACGGUCGAGCUGAAGGAGUCGCUGUGGUGGUUCUGAAGAGGCUCGAGGAUGCCCGCCGUGACGGCGACGCAAUCCGAGCCGUAAUUCUAAAUUCCGGCAUCGGGCAAGACGGCAAGACGAAUGGAAUAUUGUCUCCAAACGCUGGCGCACAGCGUGAUCUGGCGAGUGCAUUGUACAAACAAGUCGACCUCGACCCUCAGGAUGUUGGAUAUGUGGAGAUGCAUGGCACAGGGACAGCCGCUGGCGAUUCUGCAGAAAUCAAGUCAAUCCGCGACGUCUUCAUUGGCGACGGAUUGAGCAGACGUGAGCCGCUCAUAGUGGGCUCGGUUAAAGCCAAUCUUGGCCAUUCAGAAAGCACGAGUGGCUUAUCCGGCCUGAUCAGCGCAGUCUUGUCGUUGGAAAGAGGUCGCAUACCGCCAGUUGCGGCGUUGCGGACGCUCAAAGCAGAGGUCGCCGAGGUGGUGGCGGAUGGUACAAUUAUGAUUCCGCGGACUGCGUCUGACUGGCCGUCUAAUGUACCACGUCGAGCUAGCAUAAACAGCUUCGGGUUCGGAGGCACAAAUGCACACCUCAUCCUGGAGGGCUAUUCGACAGUAGCGCUCGAUCCAGAGAGCCGUGGUGUUAUGGCACCUUGUACCCAUCUGAAUGGUUUCGCAAAGGGCAACGGCUUCCAUGACCACAAGCCGGAGCAGAAAGUAAGCCUCCGUGACACAAAUGGAACAAAGGCCGAAUACCAGCAGCAUGAAUUGAUGCAACCUCGAGACUUCAAGUAUGACUUCCCUGCAAACGACGGCGACGGACCGCACCUCUUUGUAAUUUCAGCGAAAUCCAAGGAGUCCCUGAAAGCCAGCAUUGAGGGUUUGCGCGCUUGGAUUAAAACGAAAGAAAACCAAGCCCGUGCGCUCAGUCGGUUGUCAAGGACCCUAAUCACGAGGCGUUCGGUCUUCAGCUGGCGAGCAAGUAUUGUUGGGACGACAUCAGCAGAGGUGGCAUUCGGGCUCAGCAGCGUCCGUCUAAACAAGGCUCCCCAAAAGUCGGAAGUGGUGUUGUUGUUCACAGGCCAGGGCGCGCAGUAUGCCACUAUGGGCAGAGAGCUCCUUGGGCUGAGCGAGGUUUUCACUUCCUCGCUCCAUAAGUCGCAAGAGGUUCUGCACAGCCUAGGUGCUUCAUGGAACCUCAUAGAAGAGCUUCUGAAGCCAGAAUCCGAGUCUCGGAUCAACACCAGUCAUAUUUCGCAGCCUGCGACGACGGCCAUUCAGAUUGCUCUAGUGACUCUAUUGGAUCGAAUAGGCGUACAGCCAGCAGCCGUACUCGGCCACUCAAGUGGGGAGGUUACUGCUGCUUUUGCCGCUGGCAUGAUUGACCAAGAGGCUGCUCUAAAAAUCUCAUAUCGCAAAGCCUUUGUCGCUCAAUGGUGUCGAGGGGUCAUCAACGGGAAGGGCGCCAUGCUGGCAGUCGGCUUAGGCGAGCAAGCCGUCUCCAAGUAUCUUGACAGUAUUGUCUCUGGUAAGAUUGUCGUCGCCUGCGUCAACAGCCCGUCAAGUGUGACAAUCUCUGGCGACGAAAAGGCGGUUGUUGACCUAAAGUUGCUUCUGGACCAAGACGCCGUAUUUAACCGACGCCUCAAAGUGGACGUCGCAUAUCACUCGCACCACAUGCUCUUAAUAGCCGACAGGUUCGAGGAUUCCCUUCACGGGCUAAGUGCAACAAAGCCAAUCCGAGCAACAAAAUUCUUUUCUUCAACGACUGGUGACGCGUAUCACGGGGCCCCAGGUCCGUCAUAUUGGGUCGACAAUCUGGUUUCGAAAGUGCGUUUCUCUGAAGGUCUCGAGCGACUCGUGUCAGUAUAUGGGGGAGGCAACACAAAUCUAUCAUUCAUCGAGGUCGGACCCCACAGCGCUUUGGAAGGUCCUCUCCGCCAGUUCAUGACCACAGCCACCGAGUCAAAUAAAUGGACCUACUCGCCGUCGCUCGUACGGAACCGUGAUGCUUCGCAGGCAAUACUUGAGCUCGGCGGCCGACUCUGGGAGCAGGGUGUUUCUGUGGACCUAUGCAAGGUGAUUACUUUGUACCACGAUGGACAGCCUCGGGGAUUUGAAAUGAUCAAUGAUCUCCCUGCGUAUUCGUGGGACCAUACAAAGGUACACUGGCACGAGUCUCGACUCAGCAGGGAAUACCGCCACAGGAAGCCAGCCCCUCACGAUUUGCUGGGCCUCCGCCUCCCCGGGACCACAAACAUCGAACCGGUCUUUCGUCUGAUACUAAGCGUGGACGAAAUGCCGUGGCUUAGGCAGCACAUGAUUGACGGCUUUGCUCUCUACCCGGGUUCUGCUUUCCUUGUGCAUGCAAUUCAAGGACUCAAGCAAGUGACCGAUGGCUCCAAGGAGGUACGCGAAAUUUACCGAUAUCACUUCAAAGACGUGUACUUCACGAAGUCGAUCGUGAUGCCUGAUCCACCAGCAACUGUUGAAUUGUUGAUCAGCCUGAGGCCAAGCGAAGAGGUUGUUGGGAGACUUGGUAUAAUAUGGUACCACUUCCGCGUGACGUCGCAUGCAGCCGAUGACACCUGGAAUGACAACUGCCACGGCCUUGUUGGAUAUGAGCAUGCGUCGGAACCAGUUCUUGCUGAUCAGGACUGGAUAUCAAGCCGUAUCGCGCGCCAGAUGCGUGCAGCCACAGAGAAAUGCACGCAGCAGAUGCCGACUUCCGAACUCUAUGAGUGCCUGCGUAGAAAUGGGGUUGAUUAUGGCGACAAGUUCUCCAUCAUCGAGAGCCUGAAGAUAGGCCAAUGGAUGGCCUUUGGCGAGGUUGUAGUGCCUGAUAUUGCAGAGUGCAUGCCUUCGCAAUUCAUGCAACCGCAUGUGAUCCAUCCAGCGACCUUUGAUGCUUUCAUGCACAUUGCUUUGCCAUUGUACCAUCGCUUUUGCUGCGAAGGUCCAGUGAUGCUGACUUCAAUCAAAGAAGGCUCGAUCGCAGCCAACAUACUGAACAAGCCCAACGAUAGCAUCACAGUGGUGUGCGAGUUGAAAGGAAGCGGUCACAAGUCCGGACGCGCGGAUGUCUCAAUCUUGCAAGAAGGCGAGAAUGGGCAAUUGAUCGAGGUUGGAUGUCUGAAGGGCGAAGAGUUUCGGAGCAUCGGUGAAGGAGUUUCCUCCGCGCCUCGUCACAAAACAACGACAGCCAUAAGCUGCAGCAUCGACUGGGUCCCAGCAGGGACGGCAGCUGCAGUCCAUCAGCAGCAGCUGGGGCAAAAACUGCAGCUUUUGCUGUUAGUUCAGAAUGAGCAGAUACGUGGGAUUCUUGCGAACGCCACCGAACUGCUGCGCCAACAUGCCGAAGUACAAGUCCCCCUUUUGGAGCUGGGAGUCCGGGGUCCAGGCGAAGACUCGGUUCAAGUAAUCGUGACGGACGAAGUCGCACCUGAGCAAUUGGCAUCAAGAGUAUUGAUGAACGGCACUCGGAGUCAACACGUCUUAUGGUGUGACAUCUCCCAGGAUACAAAUCAGGUACCGCAGCCAUUGGCACCUAAUAUGCUGCAACGGCAAGGUGCAAAUCUUGUGUUGCUGAGAUACGCUGAUCCGAUCACAAGCGCUGAGGCUUUCGCCGAGACAAUGUUAGAGGUGAUCCACAGGUCACUUCUCAGGCCAGAAGAUCAAAUCGCUAGAGAUUAUAGGUACGAAUAUCGAGAGGGGAGGUUGCUGGUCCCAAGGCUGCGCCAGCACGAUGCGUCCACGCGCAGAAUCAGAGCGAGCUUUGGAGAGGAGCUUGAAGAGGUGGGCAAGCUGCAUGGCGAGCAUGCUUUGACAUUAGACUUCAGAGUUCCCGGCCUGUUGAGCAGCGCACGUUUCGUGCCGAACAAAACCGCGGAGAGUCCUCCCGCACCUGACGAGCUUAAAGUCAAGAUAUACGCACAUGCUGUCAAUACCAGCCACGUCGCAGUUGCCAUGGGACGAGCGAGCCCUUCAAACUCAAUGACAGGAGAAUUUGCGGGAGUAGUCGUCGAGGUUGGAGCUGAUCUCCAGUUACAAUACAAAUUCGGCGACCGCGUCUGUGGGUUGGGAGCACCGCCAUUCGCUAACACCGCCAAAGUGCAUCAUGAGUUCGUGCAACCAAUCGAGGAUUCUAUAUCUUUCGAGCAAGGCGCAGCUGUUCCGCAGGCCUUCGUGAUCGCAUAUCACGCCCUGAUGAAUAUCGCCCAACUAGAGAAGUCGCACUGCAUCCUCAUACUCGGUGGCGCUGGAGCUGUGGGACAAGCGGCUAUAUCCAUUGCUCAAAACCUUGAGGCCGAUAUCCUUGCCACUGUAGCAAGCCAGCAAGAAGCACAUCUGCUGACCGAGGCGCAGGGUUUGAGUCAACAUUGCAUAGCCUUGCACAGGACAUGGGCUUUCCGGGAGCAUCUUGAGCACCAAUUAGGUGGACGAGGUAUCGACGUCGUCCUGAAUUGCGCUUCCAGAGACCUUGUUGAUGCAAUCAAGCCGUUUCUAGCAGAUCCAGCAGUCAUCGUCGACGCUGGAUUGUCUGGGGAUCAGUUCUCGUUGCCACACCUCGAUAAGGACAUUCUGUACUCUUCCCUCAGCAUGGAGUCUUUGAAGACAAAGAAGCCUAUGAAGUUGCGAGAUGCUUUCAUGAAGGCAAUGGCGAUGUACAAAUCAGGCUCGAUCACGAAGCCUAGUACGAUCUCCCUACCUGUUACGGAACUUGAGAAGGCCUUCAGACUUGUCAAUACCCAGCAAUGCGUUGGCAAAGUGAUCUUGACUGUGGAAGAAAAUGUUGCUGUCCGGCAAGUCUUAUCGUCGCCAUCAGUAGUGGGGACUCUCAGACCCAACGCGUGCUACGCUGUCAUUGGUGGCACUGACAUGAUCAACAGGAGUCUUUGUGGUUUUCUUGCAGACUGUGGUGCAGCAAAGAUCAUAAGCAUCGUUUACAACAAUGGCGAUCAAGGCCGGCAAACCAAAAUAUUGGGUUGCGAGCAGGACUUGAGUCCCUGUUGCGAAUGGCUUCAGAUCGACGUCGGAGACCACGUGCAAGCGGAAGCAGCACUUGUGUCAUAUCGUGGGAGGUUGGCGGGUAUAAUAAACAUUGAGCCAACAACGCUGAAUGCAGAUGGUCAGGGCCCAAUGAAUAGGUUCGACACGCAGCACUGCAGUCCUUUUGUUCAGCAAGCCGGAGCAAGUCAGGCUCUGGACUUCAUGAUCACGAUAUCGCAGCAUCCACUGACUUCAGGGGCGGCCGUGAGAUCAAUGCAGCAUUUGUGCCCCACAAAUGUGAGGUUGGAUGGUCUCCCACGACACCAGAUGCGGGAGCAUGUGCUGCGGGUACCCUUCAUAGCCGACUCGUUCGAGGACAACCUGCUUCCGUCCGCCCAGGGCACCUCAAGACUACCCCAGGAACUCGCUGCGUUGCUCGAGUAUUGUCUGAGUACUGCGGAGGGGAGCGCCAGACCGCUGGAACUUGUCAUGAUUCGACGCGGACAAAUCCAGCCAGACGAAAGCAAUGCCAUCUUCAGUGACCUCCCACAAGUCGCGGCAACGUCAGGCUCUGGCUCAAACGGCCCACAGCUCUCCACGUUGAACGAAAGCUUGGCUUUAAACAACAACCCUGGAGCAGUAAGGAAGCUGGUCGAGGGAGCGGUGUGCGAGCAGCUUGCCACCUUCUGUGCUGUUGAUUGCGAAGACAUACGCCUCGACUCUCCCAUUGCAGACAUUGGAUUGGACUCGCUGUUGGCGAUAGAGUUUAAGAAUUGGGUUGUGCGCACACUGCAAGCGCCAAUGCAGACCACGGAAAUUCUGGAUGCGUCAAGCCUGCAUGAUCUCAUAAAUCUUAUCAUCCUGCGCUCGAAGCUCAUUAAUCAUGAGAUCGCCAACAAUGGUACCGCGGUCAUGAAUGGGCACAAGCUGAGGGCUUCUCCAUGCCCGCCCGCUCAUGAGAACGGUCUUCCACUUGAAGUCGAAGCUCAGCCAUUGCCACCUCCUUUGCCGUUACCGAAGCUCAGUGACUUAGUGGAGAAGCACCUGUCCGGUGUGCGACCCUUUGCUUCGAACGAAGAAUACGGGCGUACCCAGCGCCUGGCUCAAGAUUUUCAAGCAGAAGGGGGGUUGGGCGUCCGCCUCUAUGAGCGAAUGGAGGGAAUGAAAGCGGAUGAUCCGGAGAACUGGUACCACGAUCUGUUCCUGAACAACCAGUACCUGUCGCGCAAGGGCCCAUUAGCACCGUACAUGCUGUUCUUCUUCACACAUCCGCAGAGCCAAGUGCAGCAUACGCAAGCAGACCGCGCAGCACUGAUUGCAUCCACGCUGAUUGAAUACAAGAGAAACCUGGAUAACGGCGUCAUCAAGCCACGACAUAUGAACGAGCAACCGUUAUGCAUGGAUCUGUACAAGAACUUGUUCAAUGCUUGUCGGCAACCGAAAACAGGACUGGACGCUUUCGCACGCCACCCAGCGAACGACUUCUUCGUGGUUCUGAGAAAGGGACACAUAUAUCGAGUUGAUUACGGUGGCCUGCCUGUCGGCAACACGUUUGCUUCGCUUGAAGCCACCUUCACAAAAAUCUUGAAGUCUGGCUCAACAGACAUUGAUUGGCUUGGUAUACUGUCGGGCGAGCAUCGGACUUCUUGGGCUAGAAACUAUCAGGCCUUCGUCGAGAACAGCAACCAGAAUGCGAAUUACAUGCGCACAAUUCAGGCUUCCGCUUUCAUCAUUUGUUUGGACGACGGCUCCCCGGAAACUGCGGAAGAGCGAGCACGCCAGAUCCACUUCGGAGACGGAUCAAAUCGAUGGUUUGAUAAAAGCGUCGAGUAUAUCGUAUGUUCAAAUGGUGUUUCCGGCAUGUUGGCCGAUCACACAGGUCUCGAUGCGCCAACCGUAGCGGACAUCAACUUGGCAAUAGCCGCCGCCAUACAGAAUCAUGAGCCGAGCACCGUCAAGAGAAACGGCCACGGCAUGUCAGUCGAAAAAGUCGAGCAUACUGGGUUUGAUGGAUUUGACUCCAAUGUGCAUCGUGUGAUGACAUGGUACCACAAGACGAUCGCCAUACGGCGUCAUUUUUUCACGUCAUUUGACUUGGGUUCGACUUUCAUGAGGGAGCACAAAGUGGCUCCCAACAGCGGCUACCAGCUUAUCGUCCAACUGGCUUCUCGAUACUUCUUCGGGUAUUUGCCAUCAUGCUGGGAGACCGUCUUACAGACAAUCUUCCACAAAGGCCGAGUCGAGAUCAAUCAAGUCGUUACCGUAGAAGUUGCAGAUUUUGUGCAGGCCGUAACAGAUGGUAGAGAGCCGUUGUCUGUCUGCAAGCGGAAGUUCACCGAAGCAGCUCGAAGGCAUGCAGGGAACAUCCUAGCCGUUACCAGAUCGGGGGGUUCCGAUCGUUUCCUCUCUCUACUCCGAGAGAUCAGCAAGGAUGGCGAAGAAGAUCCGGAAUUGUACAAAGAUCCGGCGUAUAUGCGCUCCCGCCCAAGAAAGAUCAUGAGCAGUUGCUUCAAGACGCAUAUGGCAGAGAAUGGCUGCGUUCAACGGGACGAUGACUCGAUUUGGCUGCAUUUUGAGGUUGAUGCUGAUAGGUGA